AGUCCAAGGCGACCUGUGAAAAAACCCUUGCUACUUGUAUAGACUGUUGCUGCUAAUCCACGAGAAUCAAUUGGUAGUGAAGCGUCAACACCAUUGUUGGCAAUUUCACCUUUCUCAAUGAGUAUAGACAGCAGCACUUCUUUAGCCACACAAUUUCCUGUUUCCCAAGUCAAUUUCUCUUUGGAAAUCAAGGGAAACAAAACAGAGAUUAUCAUUUUUGGUUAUGAAGAUCAUUUUCUGGUCAUUGCCACUCAAAUAGGAACCAUGGGGACAAUACUGCAUGCCAGGAAGGAAGAAGGGGUGUCAACCAAUCCAACGUUCAACGUUUCUGUUAUAUUUGGCAAAAGGGAUGAGCCAAUGUUAGUAGCAUGUGCACGUCAGUUGAUUGAGCAUAUGAGUUUGUCUGGCUCCUCCAGGUCAUUGGUGCUCUCACUUGGUCUUAAAGACCAUUCUGCGUGUUACGCAGGAGACAUUGAAAGGUAUUGUUUAUGCUGUGAUCGACAAAAGGCUGUGGUAACAAAUUGCUGAUGAAAUGUCAAAUUUCAGAAUUUAGUAUUCAGAACUGCCACGUAGCUCAACCAAGUGGAGUCGGUAAGUGAUAUUUAAUUACAAUAUGCGGACUAUUUUUCUACCGUAUUACUUUCAAAAGUAAAUCCAUUAGUUUAUUGACGUCUGGCACUUUCAGAUUGUAGAAAGCAAUUGACAUUUAUUAUUGCAAAUUAAUCACAUUUCCUGCUGAUAGAUUUGACGGAUUGAAGUAUUCCAAUUAUUGAUAAUAUGUUGUACAAACUUGAGUUAAUAUUAUUUUCAAUGAGUCAUUU